AUGAACAACACCAAACAAGUCAUCGACAACCACAACAAGCGCAUCUUACACUCGUCUCACUCAUCUUACACGAAAGACAACAAAGACGGCACGGGAACCAACAAAACAUGCAACUGCCGACAAAAGAACAAUUGCCCGCUCAAUGGUAACUGCCUUCAAUCUUCAGUCGUUUAUCAAGCCACCGUCACACGGAACGACAACAACACCUCUGAAACAUACAUUGGACUCACAGAAACCGACUUCAAAACAAGACACAGAAAUCACACCGCAUCAUUCCGCCACGCCAAGCACAAAAACUCUACCGAACUUAGCAAACACAUCUUGACACUCAAGAACGACAACAUUGACUAUUUUAUUUCAUGGCGCGUCUUAUCAUCUAACUCUCCCUACAACAGCUCCAGUAAAAGAUGCAACCUCUGCCUAAAAGAAAAAUUCCUGAUAAUUUACCGACCCGACCUCUCAUCACUAAAUAAGCGUAACGAACUCGUAUCCUCAUGCCGACACAGAAACAAAGCGUUGCUACACAACAACUGAACUUUAAAGUUUUUAAGUUUACGGCGUAUUAUGUAAAUUUUCCUAGUAUAUACACGAUAGUCACAUGAAUAUUCUUUCAUUAAACCCCUGAAGAGUGAAGCAAUUCACGAAACAGGCUUGUCGAGAAAUGUAGUUGCGUCCCUUUUUCCCUCUCAUAAUAUUUAUUCUGCUCUGCUUCAACGUAUUGAGCACUGUUCCACGCGAAAAUCGACUUGCAGACUUCCUAUAUAUAUAUAUAUUUACAAUGCUCGACAUGUAUGAUUAUGAUUUUCCCACAAAUUCAUAUUCAGCGCCUACGCACCUCUUCCUGUUUUUUCUUUUUCUCGAGUCUACCGGACAUCACAAUUUGGAUGAUAAAGCAGCCUACCAUUUGCCCAGAAACAGGCAUUGGCUUUUUGAUCUUGUCCAACUUUUGGCUCAUCAGGAACUUUUCGCUCCAACUUUCAAUUUCGUGAUACAACAUCUUCUGAGUCAUAUUUUAUUACAAAAAAGGUCGUUUCGAGUGACGGUUUAUUUUGGGACUAAGUAAAGUGCACAUAACUUCCUAUCUGAUCUCGUGUUGUACGACAGCUUAUGAUUAAUUCCACUAUCAUCUUUUAACUGGUAUAUUAACAAGACACACGGCGAAACCAUAAGGUAAGUUUAUGCAUUUUUUCUCACAAUUUCUCUUUCGAAUGAUGAUUUCUUUUGCAUUUUUCUGCCAAAUAAAAUGAUGUCUUAAUAAUAAAAAGGAAAUGAAUCAAAUAUUUAUUUCGACCGUGAUAUUGUAAAUAGCAAUGACGAAGACCUACAUGCCAAAAAGCUAUUUUCAAAAACGAUUUUCAGAACAAUUUAUCGUUGCACAACAAAAUUAUUUUGUAUAAUACGUAUUAUUAUUAUUACACAGCACAAAGUAGAGUACAAAUAACGCGUGAAUAGAGUACAAAUACCCUGUGAUAUUUUGACGAGCCCGAAGGGCGAUUCAAAUUACGGCACAACGAGUAAAAAUACUCAGCGAUACCACACACCAAAACGUCUUAUAAGAUAUAUUUAUCAGGCAUGAUUUAUACGUGAUGUGUAAUCGCCCAAUUGUUUUGAGACAACUUGACGUAACGUUUAUUCAUAAUUGUUUCCUUAAUCUACAAUGAUAAGAGUUUUAUACAGAGCUAACUUUAAUUUGAGGCAAUCUUCGUAUUUUUUACUUUUAUUAAGCGCUCAUGGAAAAUAUUUGUAUAUAAUAUUGAGUUGAUGCAAAACGCGUUUAUUCAAAUUUCCUUCAUUGGUCGGACAGGAAGAUCGAUCUCAUUAUCUGUUACGUCAUUGGAAGUCUACCAGCUAUGUGAAUUUGAGCUGAAAUAUGAUGUACCUGUUCUGUCCUCCGCCAGGUAACCAUUAGGGCACAUUCGACCGCUUGCACUGGGGUAAAUUUUUAGUCUAGCGACUGAUAAUUAACGUGUGUGAAUUUGAGUUGAAGCAUGAUGCACCUGUUCUGCAUUAGGGCACAUUUGAUCGCUUGCAUUGAGAUGAUCUUUUUUAGUCUAGUGACUAAUAAUUAACGUUACAUGUAAAGAAUAGGAUAUUUUUCACAAACAGUUGUCGCAGGUAGGAAAAAAUGGACACACUGGGCCUUACGUUAUGACAUAUCUUAUCUUAGUACAGACUAUAGGGAGUCUCUCAUGUUCAGCCACGGAUUUCGUAAUGUCAUGUUUAGUCACCAUCAUUCACAUAUCGAAAAAGGAAAAAACAGAAUGGAUCUAAGGGCUCUUGGAACCAGCUCAUUCAUGUUAUGGCUUAAGUUUGUAUUGACUUAUUGGACUCAUUGAAUAUAGGUACAAUUGGAUUCGGUUUAUGUGAACUUUCAAGACAGCAAAAUAUCAGUUACCCUCAUCUUUCACGAUCAUUUGCACUAUUGUGAAAUAUUCCUUGAAAUGUUUUGUGUUAAACAAAGCGGCUAUUCCAUUUGGUUUCUAACAAAGCGGCCACAAUCGUUCUAAAUAGAAUUUCGAGCCUUCAUAUAGUCUGAUGUUCACAUAUCAAUAUUUGCGUUCUCACCAAACAGAUGAGAGAUAAAACUAUUAGAAAAGUAAACAAAUGGCCAGUCACGAAAGCAACGCUUCGCUUUUUUCCCCCAUAAAAAUUCGCCGGUUCCUUAUGUAAGCCAAUAACAACUGGAUCUUGGGCGGCCACAUCUACAACUUCAUUAUUAGUCUGAUGAAGCGGCGACUGGAAGAUUACUCCACUUUUAUGUAGGUUGCCCCGGCUGAAUGAAAAUUGUUUCCUUGUUGUUAUUCAUAGGGUGGCACAUUCGAGCGCCUUAUCUGCUCAUACGACUGGCCGCUAUAAUUUGCCAAUGGAUCAAAACUCCAAUUACCGGGAUUCAUCUUAAGUUAAAGUUGUAAAAUCUGCGAGUUUCGCAGCGAAGGACAACUAUUGCAAUCUUUUGGUAAACUGAACCCAGUUCAAUUACCACUCUAAUGGUAGCGUUUACGACAUAUGAUAGACAAGUUCAUCACGGUUUUGUUAAUUUAGUAGAUUUUGCUAAGCUUUUACCCGGGACAAAUUUUGUCGGCGGAGCGUUCGAAAAUUUGUCCGCUUCGGCAAAAAAUUGUCAAGCCGCGACAAACCAUCCACAUUAGUAAAGUGUUGGUGAUGAUGGAAAAUUUGUCUAAAUAAACAGUUUUGUCGCCAGUGCGGAUGACCCUUUCCCUAUAAAAACUCGCCAGUUCCUCAUGUAAGCCAAAAAACAAUGUAAGGCACAUAUGUGAAAAUCAAUGUGUACACCCUAAACGUUGAAAAUAUAUCAAGUCGAAGGGACAGUUUUGGUCUCGGUCCGCAUUUUUGUCAACAAAAUGAACACAUAUCGGUUAAAAAGAUGAAACGUACGGACCACAUGCAAAGCUGUCAAUUGUUUCUUGGAUAUUACACAUGUUAAAUAUUCAAUAGUGACAUCUCAUUUACAUCUAUACCUACUUUCAUUAAGUCGGUAAAAUCUGUACAGACAUCACACCAACCAACUCGCGCGCAAAGUGAGAAGACUAAGUGAAAGCUUGAAAUGAUAUUAAGAAUGAUUUUGAUUAAGAAACGGGCAAGGAAUAUUCCACAAUAGUGCAAAUAAUUGUGAAAGAUGAUCGCGGAAAAGCAAUUGCGUGACCCUCGGUAAGUUGUAAGAUGACAUGUUAUCACGUAUCAGACAAAAAUUAGUAUAAAUUCUCAGUCUGCAAUUUGUACCCAGCCCACAGUCUGCAUUUUGUACCUUGUCUGCAUUUUGUACCCGAUCUGCAGUCUGCAUUUGGUACCGACCGGAUUGGUGUUGCUGUUCUUUUUUCGAGCGAGCCUCAAACCUAGACCGAAAUAUUAGAGCUCGAAAAAACCAUUUUAGUGAGACUAUCUUGGCCGCCAUGAUUGAUUAUAAAAAGGCCACUAGCUUAUCUCAUUUUUAGCUCAUUCAUGCUCAUUUUGUAUCACAAGUGUGGACUGUAUGUUGAAGAGCUCCCGUAGAAAAGCACAAUCAUAGAGCAAUGAUUACUUUAUACCAACUGAAGACGAACGCAAAUGCGCGGCAUACCAGUGUGGCUGCAUGCCUCUGAUGCUCUUCCUCGUGGUCACGGCGUGUGUUGAAUGAACCCGCUACGUGCUUUUGACUUUCACUAAGUGGGGAGGAGUAGCAUGCUUCCGUUCACGGUACACAAUGCAACUUCCGUCUACGGAAUACAACUUCCGUCCACGGUCUAAAAGUUCCGUAAGCAUCUGCUUCAACACGAUCCUAAUGAAUGGACAGUGAAUCUUUAGGUCUCAGUGCUGGCCGAUAUUCUCACGUUUGACACUUCAUUAAAAACAUUUCCUCUGACAUUUUUCAACGAGGCAAAUCGUAUAUUAUUAUUGCAAUCCUUUUUUAUAUUUCUUUAGUGCACGUAGAGCUCAUUGAACUAAACAAGUUAAAUACUUAUUCGUCCGUUAAUAAAUAAACAUGCGGUUAAUCUUCCACAAACUCCCUCCGCGAUGCAUAAAUUUCGUCAAUCGUGACUUUUGCUCGUAUCGUGAUAUAAUCAAUCCAACGUUAAUAUGAAAUAUUAAAGCUGCUUGCAUAAUUUUGAUUCUGCCGUUCGCCUGUUUGGACCUCACAUUUGGCGAUUUCGUUCUUAAGCUUUGGAUGUAUAGAUAAAAGCCAUAAAAGAAACAAAAUUUCAUACAAAGAAAGUUGAAACACCCGUUCAGGAAAACGCUCAAUAAGAAGAACAACACUGAUAAUGAUAAUGACAAAAAUAUAAAUUAUUGUGAUGACAAUAGUAAUGGUAUUAUUCGAAUCGAAAAGAAACGAAGAAGGAUGUCGCUGUAAAAUUAUCAAAUGUUACGAAGGAUUCUUGAGAAAGUACUGUUUUAGAUCUGUAAAUGUUAAACUACAAGAAAUUUUGAAUUUUUUCCAAAUUAAUCCUGGUGUGAUUGUUCGUUAUUUUCGUUCAUUAUAAGAGUACAUGGUUUCCUUUGGUAGGCUGCCUUACUUAUUUAAGUUCACAACCCCAAAAGUAGUUUCACCCUUUGUAUCAAUGUAUCGGCGAUACAUUGAUACAAAGUUCUUGUCAAGCUGAACAAUCCAUUUUUUAAUGAUAAGCACUGAUGUAUAGUAACUUCGCUUUCUCAUCGCAGGAGUUCUUUAUAACACGGAAAAUUCAUUUUCUUUUUGAAGUAGAUUGCAUUUCCUUGCCAACGAAAAAGUAAGGUCUAAUUUUUUUUUGGUAAAUUUACGAGCAAUUUUAGUGCUGUUCAUUUUAGAUUUUGUUUGUCUCUAUUAGCAAUUUCGAAAAAGUAGCAAAACAAAAGAUGCCAUUUAGUUACUGAGUAGUUAAGAGACAAAAUUAAAACUACAUGUAUUCGGUGAAAAAUAUAAUUUUUUAUGAAUCAUGGAUUCGGGUUAAAACGAGAGUAUGCGGAUAAGUGAAAGAAAACAAUGAAAUCCUAUACAUUUUAGCAGAAGUUUUGUGUAAAAUCGCCAAAUUCGUAGAGUAGGUAAAUGAAGAUACAAUUAGUUAAUGACAACCAAGUUUGACUUAUGGCCCUCAGUAUCGUACGUUCUUCUAGAAAACAACUUAUUCAAUUUUGAAUAAACAAUCCCAUUUGCAGGCCACUUCAAACAUCCAAACAACAAAUUUGUCAACGUGUCAUGAUGAUGGGUAACUUUUGUCUUCGAGAAGCGUCAACGUGUUUGGCACUAUUAAUUCUUACCAGCCCUUUAUGGAAUCUCCCAUUGGUCAGAGGUGAAACAUGCGAUUCCAAAAUUAAGAGUAAGUAGUGUUUACUUCUUUUAAACGUCCUGGUCAAAGAGCAUGUAUAUGCCUAUGUUUUUCUUGUAUGCGCAUUAAAUGAAUGCGUGUAUGUGCAGAAAGUGUAAAAUGGCUACCAAAAAAACAGCUCUCAGUCAGAGGAUCCAAAAGUAUCUUCAUCAAAAUGUUUAGCAUGUGUAGAUAAGAAAGGACGAAGAUAAACUCUUGACUGAUCCAGCGUUUAAAUAGACGACGUCUCGACCUUGGGCCUACUUCGGGUGGAACAUAAAAAAACAAAAAUUAACAUUCAAAAGCUGCAUUCAAAAUUCAAAAUUAACAUUAAAAAGCUGCCUUAACACUCUUGAUCGGUCAAGAGUUUGUCAACUAAACUUGCUAAAUUUGUAAGAUAGAUUUAUUGAUAAUCUUUCUCAUAUACAAAGAGAUUGUGCAUUAUUCAUUUUCUUUUAUCAUUAUUCAAUCUCUCCAACCCAGUCAGACCUGUUGUGGACAUCUCUUCAAGUCCAGAAAAUAGCACAUUACCCAUUGGUGCCUCCAUUACCCUGAAUUGUACAGCGGAGCCCAGAGGACAAGACACAUUAUAUCGGGACAGAUUUGUCAAGUAUAUCGAGUGGUACGAUCCACAGGAUAACAAAGUUGUAGCUAAGUGCGAGCAGCCUUCAAAAAAAGGAAAAAAACUUUUAAGCUGCCCAUUAGUGCUUAAAAAUCUGACAGUUGACAAAUUUGGCCGCUACAACUGCCAAGCCGGCAACGGUUACAACAAACACUGCACAAGGAAAUCAUUUGAAAUAGUGAUUCAUGGUAAGUAAACCAGGCUUAUCAUACCCUUAGUAAACAAUUAUUCCAAUCGUGCUUGUUGGAUAUGCGAUGAUAGAUGGCCAACGAGGCUUAUAGGGCCGAAUUGGCUAUAAUCAUCUCGUAUCCAACAAACGCGAAUAGAAUAAUUGUUUUAUAGAAGACGCCUCAAAACAUAUAUACAAAAAUCUUCCCAACUUUAUUUUGCAUGAACAAACGGAACGUUACAAUGUACCAAAACACUUCCGGUUUGAUUCGUCUUCAUGCUUGCACAUGGUAAAAUGACCCAUAGCCCAUAAUGGCUAAUCCAAUGAAAACUCUUGAAUUGCAUUAUCCAAUGAUCCAGUUUUAAAUAUAUGAAAGUAGACAUCAUUUGUUUCUUAAUGCGAAGGUAGAUGCCGAUGAUGUUUAAUUCAGGAAUAAGGGGCCUCGAAUAAUCAGCUUCUAAGAAACCCCUGGAAUGUAUGGACAGGCAAGUCCAAUUCAUAAUUCAUUGCAAAAGGAAAAUUCCGCUGCGGUCAUUGGCUAACAAGGCCCGAAAUGCACUGUUCAAAGAACGAAAUUCUUCACGCUGAUAACGAUUAAAUUUGAAUCAGGAGCAAUUCGAUUGACCUGUCCUAAUGCAUAUCAUAUUACUUGGUACAGUGGAACCUGUAUUAAGCGGCAAUUCACCGGGAACGGUGGUGACCGCUUAAUUUAGGUUGACCUUUUAAUACAGGCUCCACGGAUAAGGAGUAUUAUUAAAAAAAAAUGAUAAAAACCAAAAAAACAAAAACAAAAUUGAAACAAACACAACGCCACUAACGCCACUGUUAAAAUUGACCACUUUAUGUACAGAAUCUCGAUCAAAGAUACUAUUAACUUCGAUUUUGGGAGAGAAGCAUAAAUAAAAAAAAAUUAUUUGAAAGAUCAUACUUAUUUUUAUUCGAGUGGUUGGGCUAUAAGUGGCUAUUAAAAACAGGUGGAGGGCAAUACAAAGAGGCCGUUGGGACUUUGUAAAGGUUGACUACGACCGCUAAGUAGAGGUAACCGUGUAUUACCGGUAAAAUUAUGGUGAUUAGAGGGAGACAAACUGGAGACUUUGGCAACCGACAAACACUAAUGCAACCGACUGCUUAAUACAGGGUGGUCGCUAAAUACGGUGCCGGUGAUGCUGUAGCAGAAAAAAACCUACAUAUUCCUUGGAAGAUGAGAAAAGAAUUAUUUUGUGAAAAAAAAAAGGAAUGAUGAUAAUUAAAAUGAAAAAGGGAAGAGGUUCAUACCCCGGCAAGGGAGAGUUGGCCUAAAAUAGUUCCUACUGGGUACCUGUACAAGCAGUUCAUCUUCUUGUGUGGCAUAAAAGUAUGAUAGUGAAAAUAUCCUCUCGUUCUGCCGUCAUUUGCUUAUGAAAUUAACUUCAUACCAGAUUAUCUCAGUAAUAAAAGGGGAUAUUUAUUGCAAUGUAUUUUUUCCCUACAGGUCUUGCGCCAGAGUUAGUAGAAGUUCCUCGGAACCAAAGCAUUGAUAUAGGGGCCAAUGUAACUUUCAACUGCACCGCCACGGGUCUUCUUAAGCCAAGCAUCUCAUGGAUCAAAAACAGUGAUUCAUCUGCCUUACAAACCAACUCAAGGGUGACAUUCAGUUCAAGUUAUAACAAUUCAAGUUCAUCAAAAAACCACAAAACCAUGCAAAGCCGGCUGUUUAUUACAGGAGCGAAGAAAGAAGAUUUUGGCAAAUAUCAAUGUGAGGCCAAAAACAGUGCUGGUAAAAAUUUGUCGCUGCCAGCUUUCUUAACCUCGAAAGAUUCAGGUUAGACAUGAAUAUGCAUUAGUGUAUGUUUGUCCUCCCUAUCACUUCAACUCAGUCUCCCAGUUGAAAUUUCCCCAACACCAAGUAAGCGAGAAAAGCUCGGCUUUUGGAUGAUUGCCUCUUGGUGUACAUUUCCGUAGAUUGUAAAAACUCUCGGAGUGUCACCAGAGUAUCAAGAGCUAGAAAAUGAGCAGUUGUCUGUGAAAUGUUUAUACAAAUUUUUUAAGUUGUCAUUUCAGUUUCACCUGGUCACUGUACCUCCUCAGUCUUCUUAUCAUCAAGACUCCCCUUUAAGUUCAAUUCUCUUCAAACCGGGUCAUUCGAGCGGCAAAAAAGCCUUGGGCCCCGACACCCCAAAGAAAGAUCACAAAUGAGACAAUUCAUAACGUCCCAUUCAUUCAUAUUACUUAAUUUUGUUUCAAUUUGCUAGAUGACCAGAAACCUGAGAUCGUUGAGGGUCCAAAGAACCAAAGUGUCCUGAUCGGUUCCAAUGCUACCUUAAGCUGCACUGUUAGGGGUCUCCCAAGGCCAACAAUCCGCUGGAUAAAGGACAAUUCUUCAUACCCUUUACAGUCUAAUCUCAGAGCACGUGUCGUUCCAGACGGGCCAACCAAUCGCAGCCAGCUUUUUAUAUCGAGAGUACAGAUGGAAGACUAUGGAAAAUAUCAAUGCAUUGCAAAUAAUAGCAUUGGAAGAAGCCAAUCAGGAGUAGCUGUCUUGAACAAAGGUUAGGUUUUUUUUAAAUGGAAGGGAAAAAAAUAGGGUGAGAGGGGUCCUUGACUACAAGUGCUGUUCUUAAGAACAACGUAUUUUUUAUAAUUUAUCCACAGCAACUCCUACUCUCACCCACGUGAAAAGAGAGCCAGAAAAUUCAGCAUCUCAGACAACUAUAGUCGCUGUAUCAUGCACUUUGGCAGCUGUAGUUAUUUGUGUAGUCACUGGGUUUGUGUGGAAUCGGCGUAGAAAUCGUGAUAAGGAGGUAAAUAAUGCGUUACGUUACAUCCCCACACAGAGUAAUGAUCUCCUCUGUCCGUCAUGCGACUUUGCUUGUGCUGGCGUCUAGACGAAUACUGGGAUUGACCAGCCAAGAACCACGCAGUUUUCUCAGGGGUUAAGAUGCAGAGUCGAGAAAAACUUCCCAAAUUCAACUGAUUAUUAUCAUUAUUAUCGUUAGUAUUAUUAUUAUGAGCUGUUUUCCCCUUCAUGGUGAUUUCCGUCAGUUUGGCUUUAUUUGGCAAAAUUCGGCCUUUAAAAUGAGUCAAGGCUUUGGAAAAUGCCCAUUUCUGUCCCUACUUGGUCUACUCCAAAUUGUCCUUUCCUCAACUUUGGGUCUGUAAAUACCUCAUGCAGAAACAAGCAAAAGCUUGCGCGACCCAUAUUUAGGGGGUUUAUGAAGCAGUUCAAUCUGAAAAAAAGCUAUAUUCCUUACUUACAUACCUUAGAAUUAUCACAUUUGAGGAUUAUCGUUGUGAAAGAUGGUGCGUCUAUUUCAGUUAAAUUUGUUUGCUUUUUUAUCAAACAAACGCUAUUUAAAUCGCAUACGACAAGUAAAUCACAGUGCGAGAGACUUCAGUUCGUCCAGUUUAAAUUCAUGAUUAUGAAGGGGACUCAAACAAGUGAUGAUGAUGAUAAAUCUUGGAUAGAUAUCACAAUUGCCUAUUCUCUUAAAUCAUAUGACAGAGACGAAAACGUGCAAUAAAGGUGUAUCUGAAAAAAGGCCAACAGUUGAGAAAUGGGAUACAGGACCUUGAAAACAAUCGGUCGCCCAAUAGCCAAACCAUCGAAACUCCCGAGGAAAGGCUCCCGUUAGUGGGGGAUGGAGUAGGGGACAGACUGCCUCCAGACGGAAGCGAGCAGGAUGAUUCGGUGCAAGGAAUAAAAGAAAGAGGUCAAGAGAGAUUAGAGUCGGGUGAGGGGAUUGCUGGUGGUCACAUUUCCACAGCUGAUAAACACUUAGGUGUCGACGAACAGCGGGAUUGUGGAGAGAUAUCUCAAGGGACCGAGGAAGAAUCUGAAAACUUGGACAAUCUUGAAGUGUUUGAUGAAAUACUCGGAGAAGGCGAGUUUGGAAUCGUCUACAAAGGUCGCUAUGGUGGGAAAGACGGAAACAUAACAGAUGUAGCUGUGAAGAAGCUAAAAGGUAGGUACACGAAAUCGAAAUGUCUAUUUGUUAAUUCCUGAGUACAGUGGUAUACCUCUAAACUGAUUUUUUCUUUUUCGAAGCUAUGCACCAUCUUGAUUUUUUUCAUCAUUUUCCUUUUGGUGGAAAACACCCAUAAAGUCUGCUAUUGCCUCCUCUGAACGCUUUCUGUAGCCUUAACCAAGCCAGUUUUUUCCAUACGUAAUUUUGUUACCAUAGCCAGAUACGAUGAGCGAACUACGUAAAAUGAAGCAAUUUAAGAAAUGCCCUUGUUUUUUUUUCUCUACGUCAUUGUAGACCCUAGUGCCAUUGCCAAAGAAACCCUGCUUAAUGAGAUAAGGACCUUAAAGAAAGCUGGGAAACACCCUAAUAUUGUCACUUUGAUUGGCACAAGGAUAGAGGAAGGUAAGUCAGUUUUCGACGAUGCAAUCCCGUCUUAGAAAUAUGCGUGUUUACUUGGUGAUUGACAGUAACAUGGUAACGUUCUAGCCGUGUGUAAGAUCAGUUAGAACAGUGCAUGUACUGACCUUAUGAUUAAAGACAGAUGAGUACACUUAAUACGUGUCAUGUUAAAAUCUGUGCUUCUUGAUCGGAAAACAUUUUUUUCUGGGCUAAUUUCAGGGAAGUUCAUAUGAAAUUUUUUUCCUGUUUUUUUUUGGGCACCAACUAAACCUAAAUUACCGACGAAUCAUCUUUUGAUCAACCCAAGGUGCCAAUAAUGUCUAAUUUCUUUCUCUUGUCAACUCUAAUGUGUUUGCUCUACUCUCUCAAGGAAACGUUCUUGUGGUCACCGAAUUGAUUCAUGGUGGCAGUCUGGAAAAUCUUUUAAGGGCGCCAGGGGAAAGGAGCAAUUAUCAUAAUGUCUGCUGUAAGCUGAAUGACCGGCAACUGGUCACAAUUGCAUUUCAGAUCGCCAUGGGAAUGCAGCACUUAGAGGAGAGAAAGGUAAGACCGGCUGGCAGUGUGUAGAGGUGUAGAGGUAAAUUUUCCAACCUUCCAUUAGAGAUGACUGUUCUCAAGAGAUUAGAGACAGUUGAUAAUCUCUUGCUGCACUAAAUAUAACGCGGGCAGUUCGAGGUUUUGAAGUGGCUUAAAGACAUAUUGGCGAUCUCGGGCAUUUUGGUUUAGGCCAUCCAAUCAUUCGUGAGCCUCUGUUAAGCAAAUAUUUAUAACGCAGGCAAUCCCAGUUUGUAAAUUGUCUUCAGGACACCUUGAGGAUCUUUCGCACUUUCGUAUAGGCCACUCCAUCCUUGAGCGUCUCUAAGCAAAAAAAAUUAUACAUUGUCUUCUCUCACAGUUUGUCCAUCGCGACUUAGCAGCGAGGAAUAUUUUAGUUGAUGCCAACUUGGUGGCUAAAGUUGGAGACUUUGGAUUAGCCAGGGACAUAUCCGCUGCUGGUAUAUACACCAUAACCUCCAGCGUAAGUACGCUUUGCAAUCAAAAUCAACAACAAACAGAAAAAUGAAAGAAACUGAAAUGCAUUUAAAUUGAUACUCUUCCUUGGUACAAUCGAGCAGAAUAAAUGAAUUUAUUCUAACGAUAUAAUUUACAUUGAAACUCUCCAUGAACUGUGUAUUAUGUGACACGUUUACUUAAUUAAUCAUAACAAUUACAAUUUCUUCAAAUGUGAUUGAUGCACAAGGCGCUUUAUAUUUCACAAAUUUUUUCCGUAGAUUUGUAAUCGGACAGUUAGCUGUAAUUGGACACCUGUAAUCGGACAGUUUAAGCAGCCAAUCCUACCCAGCCAAAUCCACCGAACACAGAAUUGAUUACAUUAACUAUAGAAACAACCAUUUUACCCAAAAAAACUGGGGAGUUUCGUGACAAACAAAUCGGACUCCCGCUUCGUGGCCCUCUGAUUUGUUAAUCACUCGUAUAAUUACAGACCGAAUUGGACUCCAUUCGGUCUUUUACCAUUAUUAAUUAUGGGAUAGUGUCUGAACCUAGGAUAAUGUUAAUAACAAUAAAAAUAAUGGGCACGCUAACUAUUACUCUGGUUUUUUACUGGAAAUCAGUUAUAAUUACAAACCAUUAUAUAUCUUAACGUCGAAAAAGAACUCGCUUACUAUAAUGAAUGCAUCCUUCCGUUUCAUAAGUCAUCCGCUUCACAGUUUCAAAGGGCAUUGCCUGCACUACAAACAGUAACUUGCUCACAUGAAUCUAUCUUUUCAACAGGGCAAGGUUCCGUGGAGAUGGUCGUCGUUAGAAUCUCUACGAGAUCUGCAUUUUACAUCCAUGAGUGAUGUGUAAGUUUCAUAUUGUCUUUGUCAGUUUUCUGUCUCUUGACUUCGAGUCGAAAGUAUUGCCUAGUUGAAAGGAUUUCCGAAAAAAAAAAAACUUCUGCCGUGCGCUCGAUUAUAUCCCUUGGAGCAUUGUCAUGGUUACAUCUGGGCUUUCUUUUACGUUUUUUGUUUGUCUUCAUGUACAUGUACAUGCAUGGUGUAUCUAUACCUAUUUGCAUUUAUAGACACACCAUGGGAACUUAGUGUGACUUAAGAAAUUCCUUCCUUCAAAUCGAGCAUCAUAUGCACAUAUUGCCUGAUUGAAAUUAAUACCAGAGGCAAGGUCCACAUAAGAGGAAAGACUCAACGAAGUUUUGAGUGAUGUAAAUAUCCAUUAAACACUAAAAGAAUACAACGAGACUCGAUCUUUAAUCAAUUCAGCGCUAGUCGUUCGAAUUCUUUACUCACUGAAGUUAUUAACCCUUUCACUCCCAAGAUCUCAUUGUUAAUUCUCCUUACUGUCUGCCAUACAAUUCUUUAGCUUUUAUUCGGAGAAUUUGGUAUGGGCUCAACUAAUAAUCUUUUUAUUGGUAAUUUUUUUUAAAAAUUAAACCGUCUUUUUUUAAAUCACAUCACUUGCCUGCUUGAUAUUGUAUUGAUAUUGUAAGGAGAAAUUCUGUUUUGGGCUAAGGCCUUGAUGCUUAUUUGCAGGUGGUCUUUUGGUAUCGUUCUAUGGGAAAUCACCACUUGUGGUAAGUGUGAUGUGUUACUAUGUACGACUUAAACGACAUCUUAUGAACUACAAAUCAUAUUCUCGUCAUGAGGCUCCAAUCCGUAAAGCAGCCCAAAGUUAGCAAGGCUCUUCUGUAAAGCUAAAUAUAUAGACACAAGCAUUUUCAUUUUGGAAAUGACCAUUGCCAGUCAGACGAAACUAAACAAGAUGAGAAGACCGCUUCCAGGUGUAGGUUGUGCUCGUGUCAAACAUUUUAUACGUGCUAUAUCUUAUUUAUCACUAAUUUAUCUACCUAAAUCAUCCACAUAAAGUCUUUGCAAGUCUCUAUUUAUUCACAAAGUUAUUGCUGAAAUACUUAUUGUCUUAAAUGAUAUUCUUUAAAAAUUGAAAUCGUUAAAUCAUAUCUUAUUUCCGCCAAACAGGUGAGUUGCCGUACCCUGACAUCACAUCACCAAUUGCCUUAGUAACUCGACUUGCUUCGGGAUACCGGAUGCCUCGUCCCGAUCGAUGUUCGGAAGAACUGUAAGCUAUAAAGUCCUAAAUAAUGCUAGUAAAAUUCAGUUGAAUCAUUGAAUAUCAAGAAGGCUUUAAAAAAUGGACGUUUACCUGCCGGAUUUUUCUAAAAAUAAUUGAAAAUCGUUUUACCUUUCGAGCAAAGUCUCGCAAGAUCCGUUGACACUCAAUAUUUCUCGUUGAAAAUCAAAACGAUGCAUUAAGCUAAGUGAAUCAGUCGUGAUGAUUUAAGAACAAUUUAUACAUCAAAUCAAAUGUCACAUUCGGCUAAUAUGUGAUCUUUCCAAUGAUCAUUGUCAUGAGUUCAAAAUCCCCUCUUUGCACCCCUUUCUACGCUUGGUAUGGUCCAUUUAAAUGCUGAGGGUAUCAGUUGCAAGACAAUGUUAGCUAAUACUGUAUUGAAUUUUUAGAUAUGAGCUCAUGAGUUCUUGUUGGAAAGAAAAUCCUUUGAUGAGACCAGCCUUUUCGCAGAUCGCCCAGCAGCUGAAGAAUUUUUUGCGAGAAGUGAAGGUAAUUAAUGAUUGUAUUUAGAAGCUUUCCAUUUCUUCCUUCCUUUCGCUUUUCUCAAAAUUAUAUCUGCCCUCUUCUUCCUCCUUCCAUUUAUUCAUUAUGCUUCCCUUUACCCUUCCAUGGAUCCCUCUGUCACUCUGUCAGUCCUUCUGAUAAACCUUUUAUCUCCAACUGCAGCUAUCGACCCAUCCAUUCGUACACAUACUCAUCCAUCCACUUGCUUUCCGUCUAUCGAUGUGACCUUAACUUCCAUUCGUUCCUUCAUCUGCUUAUUCGUAAGUUCAUUCUUUCUUAGAUUUAAUUCUUAUACGGUACAACCGUUAUUUCUAUCCUUAUUCGUAUUUUUUUGUGACUAAUUUAUUCAGAGGACAUAUACAAAUAUCACAGAGUUCAACGAUGGAGAAGCUUGAUGAUACCCUGCUGACGCUGAAGCAAACACCUCAUUUUAUGUAAUUGAUAGUAGGAAGAUAACCACGAGAUCUCAAAUAAGCACAUAGACUCAAAAAUUUAGAAUCAAUUUUUUUCCUUUGUGGAGGAAAGUUUUCCUCACAAUAAGUACUGCAAAUCGUAGCAUAGAAUAAAACGGUGCAUCCUGUAAUACUUACAGUGCUGAAGUGGCCAAGAAAAAUCAUUGCUAUCGCGUAAAUAGACUAGAUUAACGUGGAUUGCAUUAACUCAGAAAAAAUCUAAGCACGCAUCUGAUCUAGCUUAAAACAGGUCCUCCUUAUCAGUGCUACCGCACGAGUGCUUUCUUCGCUCGCAGGCAGGCUACUCUUCUUCCGUGCUCUAGCCGCUUCCAGCGUGCUUUACAACAGAAUAGAACACAGUCGAGGCUUCUUUAUUUGUUAAAUAAAAGAUGGACCUUUUGAAAGGUAAUGACUUUCGAAUAAACAUUUAACCAUAAAUCAGGGUCACAGAGAGUGUAAGGGGCAGAGUGUGACACGCGACACAAGACAGAAAUAAUCUUCAGCAAAAUAACAUCCUAAAAAGUAUCUUUACCAGAGUAAUGAUAAUCAUAUCAACACGUAAAUGAAGUGAAAGUGUGUUGAGAGAACAAUUUAAUUCUGUAUUACAGCCAGACUAAAAUUUUCUCUCGACUUUAUUUCUGUUUGGUAAAUGCUUAGGGCUUUUUACAUGUCAUUAAAAUGCCUUUCUUCAAAACAUUCUUUAUUAAAUAAAAACUGUUUAUACC